AUCGAACGAUGAUUUUAAAAUUAAUUUUAUAUUUAUUAUGUCUUUUAACAUAUAUAAAUGCAUCUCGAAUAUUGGCAAUGUUUCCAAUACCAUCGAUCAGUCAUCAAGUGGUAUUCCGGCCAAUAACACAAGAGCUGGUAAGACGUGGUCAUGAAGUCAUAGUUAUAACAACAGACCCGGCAUUUCCCAAAGGACAAGCACCUAAGAAUCUCACGGAAAUUGACUUGCAUGAUAUGUCAUAUACAAUGUGGUGGAACCUUCUCGAAGGAAUCGAAAAUAUCAGAGAUCCCAUUCAGCAGUUGAAAAAAAUCAUAGAUGUGUCAUAUCCUAUAUUUGAACAGCAAAUAAAAACCGAAAGUGUUCAAAAGAUAUUGAAAUACAAAAACGACUACUUUGAUUUAAUACUUGUAGAAGCAUGUGUGAGACCAGCAAUUGGACUGUCUUAUGUUUUCAAAGCGCCAGUUAUUCAAGUAAGUUCGUUCGGUGCAGUGUUGGACAAUCAUGAUAUAAUUGGAACACCAACACAUCCAAUUUUAUAUCCAAGUAUGCUUCGAGAUAGAUUUUACAAUUUAACAAUGUGGGAGAAAAUAAUUCAAAUAAAGAAAGAAUUUACUUCGAUGAUGAUCAAGAGGAAUAGAGACUAUGAUAAUGAAAUUUUAAAAAGAACAUUCGGUGAGAAUAUACCACCCAUUGAGGAAUUGUAUGACAACGUUGCAAUGUUGUUUUUAAAUAUGCAUCCUAUUUGGGAGAACAAUCGUCCUGUGCCACCGGGUGUUGUUUACAUGGGAGGACUGCACCUGAAUCUGAUAAAAGAAUUACCAAAGGAUCUGAAAUCGUAUCUUGAUUCUUCAAAGAAUGGCGUUAUCUACUUAAGUUUGGGCUCCAAUAUCAAAUCUUCAAAUCUGCCGCCGCCAAUUCUGCAUGCUAUUGUUAAAGUGUUCUCACGAUUGCCGUACGAUGUUUUGUGGAAAUGGGACGUUGAUGAAUUACCUGGACGUCCAAGCAACAUUAAAAUAUCAAAAUGGCUGCCACAGUCCGACUUGUUGAGACAUCCAAAAAUAAAAUUAUUCAUAACUCAAGGUGGACUGCAAUCAACAGACGAGGCGAUCAAUGCUGGGGUCCCUCUAAUUGGAAUACCUUUAAUAAGUGAUCAGUGGUAUAACGUGGAACAAUACUUAUACCAUAAAAUCGGUUUGAGACUUGACAUCGAUAAAAUUACGGAAGAAACUCUUGAAUCCGCUAUAAAUACCAUUCUUAAUGACAAUAGCUAUCGUGAGAACAUACUCCGACUGCGGAGUAUAAUACAUGACCAGCCGCAGAGUCCGCUAGAGCGCGCUGUGUGGUGGACAGAGCACGUGCUGCGUCACGGCGACGCGCGUCACUUGAGGAGUCCGGCCGCCAACAUCUCAUUAACUCAAUAUUUAGAAUUAGAACUUGUAUUUACUCUAGUUACUGUAGUAGUAAUCUCUUUUCUUGUUUUGUAUAAAGUUUGUAAGACGAUUUUUAAAUAUUUAUGCACAAAUGAAGCUGACGUUAAAAUCAAAAGGUCUUAA